AUGCGAUGGAGCGGCGCGCUCCUGAGAGCUGCAUUCGAAAACACGACUACGCUCUUCACGAACGGCACGGGAGUGUACUGCAAUACGCGACAGAAGGACGGCGCGGUGCUCGGUGCGCUCUUCCGCAGGGCGCUCGCGAGUCGUGGCGAGUGUGGGUCGCCACCCAAGGAGAGCGCGGUGGAGAUUGUGUUCAACCGGCAGGAUGCUAGGUGUGGUGCGCUGGUGCGGAACGUGUAUCUUGCGGUCGUGCAGGUCGUGCAGGGUAUUGCGGACUAG